GCAGGCGCAGGGAGGGGGUGGGGGGAGGAGGGAAAGCGGCGAGUAAGAUGGAAGAUGAGGAGGUCGCUGAGAGCUGGGAGGAGGCGGCAGACAGCGGGGAAAUAGACAGACGGUUGGAAAAAAAACUGAAGAUCACACAAAAGGAGAGGAAAUCCAAGUCUCCUCCCAAAGUGCCCAUUGUGAUUCAGGACGAUAGCCUUCCCACGGGGCCCCCUCCACAGAUCCGCAUCCUCAAGAGGCCCACCAGCAACGGCGUGGUCAGCAGCCCCAACUCCACCAGCAGGCCUGCCCUUCCAGUCAAGUCCUUAGCACAGAGGGAGGCUGAGUACGCCGAGGCACGGAAGCGGAUCCUGGGCAGCGCCAGCCCUGAGGAGGAGCAGGAGAAGCCCAUCCUUGACAGGCCAACCAGGAUCUCCCAACCUGAAGACAGCAGGCAGCCCAGUAAUGUGAUCAGACAGCCUUUGGGUCCUGAUGGGUCACAAGGCUUUAAACAGCGAAGAUAAAUGCAGGCAAGAAAGGAUGCCGCCAUUGCCACCAUCACCGCCUCCUGGGUCUUCUGCCAUGGGUCACACUGUCGUGGCAGACAGCUGGACUUGAGCAGAGGGAACGACCUAACUUACUUGCACUGUGAUCCCCCUUGCUCCGCCCACUGUGACCUUGAACCCCAUGCACUGUGACUUCCUUCUCCCCCCUUCCCACUGUGAUUGGCAUGUCGACAAGGGCUGUCCCAAGUCAAUGGAAGGGGAAAGGGUGGAAGCUAGGGGAGGGUUGGGGGGACCCACCAGGGACUCAGAGUAGAGAGUCAGACAGUGCCACUUGGCCACUUGGGGCAAAGCCAGUGCCAGCAAUAACAGUUUAUCAUGCUCAUUAAUUUGGGAUCUCAAAACACAAAUGAGAACUCCUGCCCACCCACCCCCAAGUGCGUGUCUUCAUCGCUUUAAAAAGUAAGUUCCAUUUGAAAAUUCCUUUCCUUUUUAUUUUUCUUCCUAUUUUUGUUUGUUUUUACAAAUACCUGAUUUGCAGGAAAAAGUGCAUGAGGGGUUUUAGCAGUUUAAUGAAUUUUUAAUUGAGAAGGGUAGUUUGAUAGUCUACUUUAAAAAUGUUUCUGGAAAAUUUGCUAGAAACAUUAACCCAAUAGGAUUUUGGUGAGCUUAGCUUCUGUACUCCUACUGCUGCCCAGAAAAGGGGCGGGGCUGAGUAGCCCCAGGAUAGAUGAGCACCCCAUGCCUAUACUCCCUCCUCCAGCUAAGCCCUGGGUGGCUUGGCCCUGCCUGGGAAGAGACUAGCUCUCCAGGCUCUGAGCUCCGGCCCCCUUUCUGCCUAGUAUUUUGGGAGAUGGGGAAAGUGAUCAACUUCCCCUCCCCCAGUCCCUCAGGGUGGCCCCCUACCAGCUAGACCUGCUACUUGUCAGGAAGGAGAGGACUCUGGGAGUGAGACAGCACUCCUGGGCUGAGAAGCAAGAGGUGUGAGGUUGUUCAGUAUUUGCCAUCAACAUAAGACCAGGAGAAAGUCUGGCUCUAAGACUAGUGUGACAGAGGAUAAAGCUGUCCAGCCAGGCUGGAACUCUUGAGAUCUUGUGGUGCUCCAUCUGUUGAUGGCUCCAACUUGGUAACUAAACCUGAUGACGUCCUAUGUGAAAUCAGUCCCAUGAGUACCAUGAGUCAGAAUAAAGUUGCACUGCAAAGAUGGAUGGCCAACUAGUUCUGCAGAGGAGGCCUAGGCUGCCCUCCUCCCUUUUUCCAGAGCUUGGGCCUGGAAUGAGGGCAGUGUCUCCUGUCUAUGGAACCUGUUUGUUUGGCAUUUGGGGAAGACAGCUGCCCAGGGCAUUUGUGUGUGGACAGCCUGGCUCUUCGCAGGCACUCUGGUCUCUUCCAAAGGCACUAUGCCACCCAGACAGACUCUCCACUCGACCUGCAGACGUGUUUCGGAAUGGCUGGUGUGGUUUUGGAUUGGGGCAGCUGAUAUGGCCAGGUUUUGCAGGUUCAGUCUGCCUUGGGUUCACCUGGCUACCAGCCUUGCCCUGUGGUAGACAGGGUCCUGUGGUGUCCCUUGACAUCUUCCCCUUAGGAGGAAUUGAGUCACAGCACAGCCCCAGAACUGUGAAACCAGGAAUUGCCUGUGAGUGUGCUAGAAUGAGCCUCCAUCUGUAAGAGGAGCCAUCACCCUCGGGAGUGGCUGCUAGCUCAGAGUCCACUGCCCUGACCGAGUAGUCACCCUCCCUGCAGCAAUAGUGGUUUCUGACCGCGGUGGAGACAUGUGCAGAGGUGGCCCAGGUCACGGAAGGCCAGAGGAUGAUGGCUCAGCUUGUGGAGCCACCUGGGCCUGCUUCACGCCCCUGGUGGGAGCCCAGUGCGGGCCGGCAGGCUGGCGGGUGUCUGCAUUGAGAACGUGCAGGGACGGCGCCUACCUCCCUCAGCCAAAGAUAGGGCUUUGCCCACAGUGUGCCUGUCCCCACCGACCAGCCGCCAUGCCUUUGGCUUCCUAGACAGAGAGGUGGCAGGCACAAUGAGAGAAAGGGAAAACAGGAAACCGUUGUGUUGGGGGAGGUGGGAGAGGAAAUGGAGAACGGUUUGGGUUUUGUAUGUGUGUGGGGUUUUUUUGGGUUUUUUUGGUAGUUGUCUGUAACUUUCCUUAAGUGCUUUUUUUUUUCUUUUUUUUUUUUUUUUUAAAGCAAGUUGCAGGCUUUGGCUUGGAAAUCCCCAGGGGGCAAGGGGCAGGAACCUGAGGCUGCUGCCCCAUUAUCUGCCUUCAUGGUACUGUCCCUUCCUCCAGCUCCUCUGGACCCCAUGAGCCAGGCCUCCACCCUUCCAGCUAACCAUUUCCCAUGAGCCACUACUCUGAUGUCAGCCUAUAACCAAAGGAGCUGGGGGUCCGGGCCUGGUGACCAGCCCUUCUCAGCCCCCUCACUCAGGGUGCUCCCCACCUGCAGGCAGGAGGCAACACCCUAUCUGCUGCCAUCAGCCCCUUCCAGAGCCCACCUGCCCCUCCCUGCCCUGCCCUGCCCUGCCAUACCCUGCUCUACCCCAUCUGGGGUCGCUGUGCUCAGGGAGGGGCCGGCAGGGCUACACCCAGCCUCCCUGGUAAGCAGAGACCUGAGAAAUCUUCGGGUCCUGUUGCUGGUUGUAUGACUCUGGGGUGCACCUGGGCCCCUUGGUGUCUGAACCAAUGGGGGUAGGUGGGAGGGCUGCACCCCUGGCAGUCCUGCUCUGCUGUUGUAGUGGGCAACUGCCCCCACCCCCACCCCGCCGCCCUGCCCCGCGGGCUCCUGAGUCGGCAGAUUAAGCAUUUUAUAAAUUGUAUUUUAAAUACAUGUUUUAAACUUGUCA